UUGUUCAGACGUACUUAGAGCAAGUACCUGAAGGUUUUGGUGGCACAGGAGUGGCUCCUGAUUUCUGUGUAGUUGAUGGACCAUACAGAAAAGGAGAAUACAACAUUCUAAAGUUCAUUCACAAUGGUGUGGAGUUGCCCUACACGUCAUGCUUGACACGGAAUAUGUCCUCCACGAUGAAGCCUACAUCAUACCUGGAGUUCCAAACCAUGUUGACUGAGCCUCCAGACAGCUCUAUGAUGUUUGAGCUAGGUCUCUAUGAGACCUUUGAUACCAACUUCCAUGUUGGUAUGGGUGGAACAUUCCAAGGCGUGAUACCAGGCAUGGAUCCAUUAUUUUACAUGAUCCACAAUUUCGUGAACAAGGUGUUGGCAAACUACCAGCAGCAAGGACCGGAGCACUUCACUGGCGGAGGACGUUGGAAUAACAGUGCGCCAGUGGGAACUUUACCGUGGUUUCAGAACAGGGAGUUUUUAGACGCUCAAAACUUUCCGAAUGAUGUGUGCAUCCGCUGGGAUGCUGUGGCUGAUCGAGAGAAGCUGAUCGAGAUGGGAUACUACGCAGGACUGGAAACACCACGGUUGGACCACACAGCGUUGCCCUAUAAGGAGCUGAGAAAUAAGGACCUCGACACCAAUGCCAGAGCAGACUUUCUUCUGUAUCUUAGUCGCCUGAAGGAAAGAUUUACAUCUGCAUUCAAAUAUGAUGAUGAUGGUCUGCAUCUAACUAAAGACUGGCUGAAGAUCUUCAUGAUGGAAGGUGGCUUUGCAGUCAAGAAUACCCUGUCCGAACGCGCUUGUGUGCAGUACUCUUCCCUGAACCCGGAUUUCCUCAACACAACUUCUGUGCCCAGUGCGGCUGAACUUGUUCCUUAGCAGUUCUUGUAUUGUCAUUAUGAUUUUUCGUCGUCUCCACGUAGACAUCACUGCAAGGUACAUGUGUAUGCACAGCAUGUAUAGCUUUUGACAAAGUUUUGUAUCACCCAAAAGCAACAACAGCCAAACAGAAAAAUGACAGCUAUAAAAUGAGUGACAAAAAAAGCUCAACAGAGUUGAAUUUGAAAGUGCAGCUCAAUGCCAGGAGCUACAUGUCGCGGGGCAUGGUUGAAUAAUGGCUACCGGUUCAAUUGUUUACAAGUUACUUAUUUAUUGUUUUUAUUGCGUUUGUGACUUUAUUUCGCUAUUCGUUUUAUUAGCUUUCCAGCACAUAAACACUAUCUUUCCAUACUAAUUUGCUACGAUUUUACAUUGAAAAGCAUUCUCACUUAAUUUUUCAUAAUCCACUCUCCGGGUACUUCGCAGCUUUCUGUGAUAAAAUCAAGAAUAGAUAACGGUCGAUCUAC